AUGGCGUCACAACGAUUAUCAACUCUAUCUACUGUACGGAAACAGCAUUUACUCGUAGAAUUUUCAAGUCUAAAAUAUGCAUGUCCACAUGGCGUAUUCAUGAGUCUCACUCCUGGCGACCCCACCCUCUGGUCCGGCGUACUCUUUUAUCCAGAUCUGCCGCCUCUGGUCACAUUCUCGACGGACAUUUUCCAUCCGCUCAUCACGCCCCUUACGACGUAUAUGUAUAGUACGGAUACGCAGUCAGAUGGGACGGUGAGCGCAACGGAUGAGGAGAGGUUACCACCAGGGGGCUUCUCGUUGAGAGAUGGGUUUCCGGCUUGGUUUGGGAGGAAAAGUAGGAGGGGCGCAGAACAGAGGACUCCGACGAAGACGGAUGGGAGUAUGGCUGAGAGUGAAGCUAUGAGUAGUCCGGGAAGUGGUAUUUCGUCAUCGGGCAAGACGGCAGAUGGUGUGAGGGUGGGGGUUUAUGAGGUAUUGAGAUAUAUGAGGAGGACCUUUGAUGAUGAGUUAGUGCUGGAUAAGGUACCUUUGGAGGCUGCUGGUAAUCCUGGUGCGUGGCACGCUUGGAAGUCAUAUCGGAUAAAGAUUGGGAAGAUGGCCGCGGAGACGAAAGACUCCGACUUGCAAGACCCGACAUCACCGGUAGUGGCACGCGCACCGGGAGAAUGGAAUUGGGAUGGCGUAUGGGAAACGAGAGUCAAGAAGGGUAUUGAGGCCAGUACUGCCGAGACAGUAUUGUUUGGUUUAGGGGCAGACGAUUUGAUACAAUUUCUCAAUCUUGAUAAGGAGAAGGUUGAUCAAAUCAGAGAGCAGAUUAAGGAGAGCGUGGACACUUUGGAACCACAACGAAGGGGUGUGGAAUCAGAUCCUGCGGAAGGAAUGAUCGACGACGCACGAAAAGUGGUCAGGCUUCUUCGACCCUAG